AUGGCAUACUUGAGCUGCUCAAAGACUGAUUUCUAUCCGCACAUCCUAGUGGUAAAUAGAAUACGAAUGCUUGUCCUGUCCCGUGCAACAGUGCGUGUUGAUUACAAAAACCGUGUAACUAUCACACACGGCUCCGUAAAUAUCUCAGAAGAGGUGAUCCCGCGCAUAGAGUAUUGCCGAUCAAGUCAUGUAUCGAUGGUACAAGGGGACAAGAAAACGUACUUUUGGCUGCCAGACGUUGCAUGUUUGAUCAUCUGUGAGCACGAUAUGAAAUUAAUGACCAGCGAUAGCAGUACAUGCUGA